AUGGCGAGCCCCAGCAUCGGCGGGCCAACCAGCCCAAACGGCUUCUCGGCCAUGACCUCGCCACUGCCUUCCUCGCACCCUCAGCUCGGCUCCUCGUCGACCCGCCCCUCUGCACCACCCUCAUCCGCCGACGGAAGCGCCAGCCUCGACAGCGCACCGCCAUCCGCAUCAGCACCGCCCAGCAGAACAAGAUUCGAUCCGCAGGGGGCGCUCCAGUCGCAGCUAUCCCACAUCCUAUCCAGCCGGUUAAAGACGGAACGCUGGGACAAGCAGGACAAGGCAAAGAACCGCGCACUCAGCAGAGGCGUCGCCGAAACCGUAAAGGCAAGGAUGCUCGACAUCGAGCCAAAAGGAUUCAAGUUCAUCGUGCAAGUGCAGCUCGUCGAGAACCUGGGCCAAGGCGGAAGAGGUGCGUUGUCUGGUGGCUAA